UGAGUCUGUGUUUGAACUGGACAAGUUUACAGAGAUCUGGAUCUCACUCCACACCUGUCCUUUCAUUUCAACAAAAAGAGAAAACAGAACCUCCACUCCAGAGAGAGAGAAACCCCAGAGAUUAAAGGAGGAGGUAAAAAUAAAAUGUAAAAAACCUGUCAGCUGAGAUCAUGAGGGAAACCUGGAGGACUGACCCUGACUGGGAUGUAAACACAGACUAACCUGCAACCACCAGUUUUGUUUCCGUGAUGGCGCCGUGUGUCGUCUCCCUUCUCACUCACCUGCUCCUGCUCAUACAUCACUUCCUGCCCCUCACCCUGUCCUUACUCCACCCGCCCGUGCACGGGCCCACGCUGGUCCCCCGCACCCCGACGCCCCUCGGCCGCUCCCGCUUCAGCGCCCAGACUCAGCUGGACCUCACGACCCACUGCAACUCCAGCUGCUUCCACCGAGGAGGUCAGGAGGAGCUGAGGGAGCAGCUCACCGACAAACUGGCCUUCGAGACUCUCUACUCAAACGGUUUCCGCACUCUCACCACAGUGGAUGUGGAGGACGAUGAGGAGGUCGAUGGUGAUGUGGGUCACUUUGAUCACCCGUCUCCAUGGAGACUGAAGCCGAGGCGAGUGAAGCGGCAGAUCUACGGUGCUGAUGGGCGCUUUAACAUCAAAGGUGACAACUUCCUGUUGGAUUACCCUUUCUCCACAGCUGUCCGCAUCUCCACCGGCUGCACCGGCGUUCUCGUGUCCCAGCAGCACGUCCUCACUGCCGCCCACUGCGUGCAUGAUGGGAAAGAUUAUGUGCAUGGAGCGCGGAAGCUCAAGGUGGGGUUCUUGAUCCCCCCAUCCAUCAACGGCACAAAACCCCGCUUGGUUUCCAACAAGAAGCCUCUGGUUCGUUGGGUGCGAGUGAAACGAACCCGCGUACCAAAAGGCUGGAUCCAGGGCCCUCAGGAGGUCAGCAUGGACUUUGACUAUGCCCUGCUGGAGUUGCGCUGGCCCCACCGGCGGCCCUUCAUGCGCCUUUCUGUGGCUCCCUCCUCAGAUGACCUGGCAGGGAAUCGCAUCCACUUCUCUGGGUUUGACAGCGACCGGCCCGGGGAACUGGUGUACCGAUUCUGUCCUGUGGAGGAAGAGUCCAGCGACCUGAUCUACCAGCACUGUGAUGCUCGGCCUGGGGCCAGUGGCUCCGGGGUCUAUGGACGAGUGUGGGACAAUGAUCUGGAGCGCUGGGAUAGGAAGGUUAUUGGGAUUUUCUCUGGCCACCAGUGGCUGGAGAUCGAUGGGGAGAACAGGGAUUACAACGUGGCCGUGCGCAUCACUCCUCUGAAGUUUGCUCAGAUCUGUUAUUGGGUCCAUGGAAACCGAAUGGACUGCACUCAGGACUAAGGAACAUCAUUAGCCUAAAGAUACACAAGAGCUAGGGGUGUAACGAGAUCUUGUGCCACAAGAUCUCAAGUGUUCUCAUUGGGUACAAGAUGGACUUGGGACUCUUGAACACCUGCCUUACAUUGUUUGUGUUUUUCCAUCAUUUUAAUAAGUUUGUAGCUUCUUGAAUUUUUAUUGAGGCUUUUUUUUAAAACUGUUUUGCUGCGAUAACACAUCUUCACUAAAAAUUAAGUUUAAAAAAAUUAAAUAUAAGGAAUACAUAAACAAAAAAUCCAAUACAUUCUGUU